CAAACAAUAGAUAUCCAUCUUGUCACCUGAGUAUUUACAGCGGAAUUAAUCGUCCGAACAGUUCUCAAAGUCUAAAUUCCCAAACUUAAUAAAAAUGUUUUGUAUUCGAGUUACUGAAGUGAAUCCGGAACUAUUCCGAACUAUUGUCCAGCAUGCAAAUACAUUAUCUCGCCAGACAAUCCCAUUUACACCUUUCACAGAUCUAUCGGUUACUCACACUCAUCAUAGGCGUUACCUUUAUCGGAAUUACCAAGGCCAUCAUAUCCUUCCUCAUUUGACUAACAUAGAUGCAGUGUAACUUCUUUUGUGGCUGGCGGGUUUGGAUUUUCGCUGUUGACCACUUCCCUUGCGUAAGGCAUAUAAACAUAUCUAACCAGACGAAAGGUAGCAAACAUCCAUGAAAAUGCUACCGAGUACGCUACCUCCACAGCUCAUAUGGUGCCUAGCUAGGUACUUAAGUAAGUAUUUAUAGAGAUCCCCUAGUUUUCUUUGCUGCUGUUCAAUAAGUCAUUAUCACGGUAAAAAUCGAAUCCCUAUCAUAGUGGCGAGAUUCCUUCAUUAUAUCGGCAAUGGAUUCAUAUUGCUACGUGCCUUUUGGCACUGAACCUGAAUGCAAUCAGUUGCGAAUUCUUACCCUGUUCCCCGGCUCAAAAGAUCAACAAGUGGAAUGCAUUCUCGAACACGGAGACAUAGGCAAGUCUCCCCCAUACGAAGCCAUCUCGUACGUAUGGGGUAAUUCUCGAGACAAAGUCGAAAUUAUCUGCAACGGAAAGACCUUAGCCGUCACUACUGCCCUCGAAGAAGUUUUGCGUCACUUCCGCCUACCAUCCGAGAAGAGAAGUUUAUGGGCGGACGCUGUCUGCAUCAACCAGAGUGACGAUGAUGAACGAGGAAGACAGGUCCGUCGUAUGAACGAUAUCUACUCAAGAGCUAGUCGUGUUCUCAUAUGGCUUGGUGAAGAAAGAGAGAAUAGUGACCAGGGAAUUGCAGUAGCCUCGGAUAUUGCUCAGGCCUGUCACCAGUACACAUCAGCUGGCGGCUCGCUCAAGACGGUAUCAUUCAACGGUGAAUUUGCGCGAAAACUCUUUGGCAGAUUCAGAAACCGAUCUGAAUUCCCACGACUAGCAGCAUUCGCCAAAAUAAUCCAAAGAUUAUGGUUUACUAGAGUCUGGGUUGUCCAGGAGCUUGCAUUGGCGACACAGGCGACAGUCUUUUGUGGAAACUCAUCCAUCAGUUGGGCCGACCUCAUGGCUGCUAUCACCGCUCAAGACCAUCUUAACCUAUGGUUAUCUGACCAUGAGCGUAACGCCUAUGUCUUCAUUCUGGAAAGGGCCCGUCGUGAAUGGUGUGCUGGGGUCCGACAUAAUCUUCUUAGUGCCCUAUUCCGUCACCGAAUACUCGACGCUACUGACCCGAGAGACAAAAUUUUCGGUUUAAACGCCUUAACCAAAAGUGAACUCUCCAGAGUCCAAGCCUUACAGCCCAAUUACAAUGUCGAUACCACCGAGUUGUAUACAGCUGUGGCAAAGGAGGUGCUUAAGCAAACAUCGGAUCUCAAUCUGUUGUCCGUUCCUCGCCGUAUUUCUGGCACUGGACCAGAGAAUUUGCCUUCUUGGGUACCUGAUUGGUCCAUCACUCGCAUCACUGCGCCUUUAGGGCUAGCAAACUAUUCGGAUAUUAAUGAACUGGAUUUUUCUGCUAGCUGUUCGUCGAUGCCACAAGUGCAGUUUGCUGGUGCCGACUCGAAUUUCCUUGGAAUAUACGGUCAUUGUAUAGAUCGUAUCGCCGCUGUUGGUACAGUCCUGCGAGUGGAUCAGCUUCCACGAUCAAAUUAUCACGGCGUUCGAAUUCCGAAAUGUACCUUCGUUUUAAAUAACUGGUUCCAAAUCGCGAAAAUAUCAAAACCGGGGCCUUAUAUUACUGGUGAAUCAAUUCGGGACGCAUUCGUUCAAACACUGGUGUGCGAGUCGAGUCACGAACCUAUCGAAACAAUCCGUCGCCAAUUGGACAUUUUGGAGAGAGACGCCACCAUAACCAAAUGGAUUAGCUUUUUGCCUAGAUUUUUUCCAGAAUGGCUUGUGGAUAAAGCUGUCCACGUUGCUCAUGCGAUAAUCUUUUAUAAACGAUCUGAUCAGAUGACUCUGAACUAUAGAAUCCCCAUGUCGUCGCUGGCGGAUCGCCGGGUUUUUAGGACAAGCAAAGGAUAUAUCGGCCUGGGACCUGCUUUGGCGGAAGCUGGCGACGAUAUUGCUGUCGUACAGGGUGCGAAGGUACCUCUUGUAUUGAGAGCGAAGGAUUCGCAGUGGACGUUACAGGGCGACUGCUACUUAAGAGGAAUAAUGCAAGGUGAGGCUUAUCGCGAAGAUGAAUUAUCUCGGAUGUGGAUUGCCUAAGCUUUCAUUUAUCCCUUAGACGUCGGGACUGAGCGAUCAAUUUCAUUUACACAGUUAAAAUAACCAAAAUUCAAACAAGUUUGCAGUAAUCAACACACCCGACU